UGCCAAGUUGUUGCACCAUCACGACCGUCGCGGCAUCAUGGUGUGGUGGUAUGGCCCAUGCGCUGCAUGGAGCUGCUGCGCGUCCAUGAGCUGCAAAGAUGACGCGACGUCCAUCUACGAGUUAUCCGAAUUGAUCAGCGCGGGAGAAGGGACAGAUGGGCAUCAAGUGUAUCGCGCGACACAUCGGGAAACGGGCGACGUCGUGGCGCUCAAGGUCCUUCCUCGGUCGUUCCUUACAGAUUCCAAACAGCGCAGGCACAUGCGGCGGGAGAUUCAUGUCCUGACCAAGUUGAAUCACCCAAACGUCGUGCGGCUCUACGACGUGUACGAAUCCUCCAACACCGUCGAGAUUGCGUUUGAACUGGCGCAGGGUGGCCAAGUGCUUCGACGCGUGCUGGAACCGCACGCUUCGGUGUUCGUCUUGUCCGAAGCCGAGCUCAGUCAUGCGUUUGCCGACAUUGUUCAGGGACUAAUCUACCUCCAUGCCCUGGGUUGGGUCCAUGGAGACAUUCGGCCAGAACAUAUCUUGUACAGCGAAAUCGAUGGCGCGUCCAAGGCCAUGCUCGUCGACUUUGGGUGCGCUGGCCCGCCCGCGACCUUUGCCGAGUCGCUGUAUCGAGAAAGGGGGCCGUCCGACCCUCGGUUCUUGCCCCCGUGGCUUCGACAGCGCAACCCCACCGCGCUUGCCGUGUUUCCGUCUUUCAACCAUGCAGCUCACGUCGAUCUGUGGGCGCUUGGCGUGUGUCUCUAUGUCAUGUUGUUUGCUCAAUUCCCCGACACAAGUUCCGUUCACUCACCGACGCUCACGUUUCCACCAGAGUUUGGCCACGUGAGUCGCGCCGCACGCGACCUCCUCACGCGUGUGCUCACGUCGGCCCCUCGCGACAACCUUACGUACGUGCAGCGUGUGCCGUCCAGCGAUAUCACGUCGAUGCGUCAUGUGGAGGGCAGGGCAGAUGAACUCGCCGACCACCCAUGGCUGCACCAACCAUCGGUGGGUCCUGCCAUGACAAAACAUGCAUGCAACCCCGGUCUAGGUGGCGCCUCGCUGUCGGUGGAACCCGUACAUUUUGGCAUUGCACGAGCAAUUUGUGCAAAAUUACAGCAACACGGGCAAUCGUCAUGCCUCCGACAAGACUCGCAUGCCUACGUCGUGCUCCCCUCCAGACGCAUCAGACAAACCUCGGCCGUCAUGGGUCUCCACCGAUGGCGUCCUCGUUCUUGACAGCCUCGCCAUGCACAGCGCCGACGCCUUCAUGCACCAAGCAGACAUGGAAAUGCUCGACACCAUCCGGCGAUCCGAAGACAUACCUCUAACGGAGGAAGAAACCGAGGCGGCGAAAAGCGAUCGUGGUUGGCGGCUCAUGUGGAAAGGCUUGGGACUGAGCAGCACCGCGCCGUCGUCCGGUCAAACGUCCAGAAUAUCUCCGUCACCACCGUAUGGAUCAGUGCAGUCGCCAUAGCGAACGAUACAGAAACAAAUUGCCGCGCAGCAUUGGUGUGGCUGACCGUUGGCAUCCGAUGGCGACAGGAGUGCCGAUACGGAUGGACUUGGAUCGUGCGUGGAGGUCCCUUGACCUUACAUCUCAC